AUGAAGUGUGCACGGAGACAUGGACGCGAUUUUCUAGACUCUUCGGUGGUUGAAACCCCAGAAAAACUUGAAAUUGCAUUCAUGGAUUUGUGUAAAAAUAAAGGUACUGCCGAGUGUCUUCGAAUUGCUAACGUGUUUUCCCAUGGAAAUAAGAUUAGAAAUUUUGACAUCAACAAGUAUCAAACAGAAAAAACCCUGGCCAAGAAUUUCCUGGUUGGGACAGGAAGAACAAAGAAGAAGAUUCCUAGCCUACAGCCUUUUUUGAAGGACAUUUUUUUCCUGUCAACAUCCAGUAAUGAUGCCUGGCUGGCUGGAGUGCUCACUACAGGGGAACUUUUCCUUUGGAACAAAGAUGAAGAUUGGUUGAAAAUGAUUCAAGUAACUGAAAAGCCUAAAGAAGCGAUUAAAGCUACAGUAGAAAACUCUUUGAGAUUACACUUGUAUGUAUCUGGAAAUGGAAAAAGAGUUCUCUUUGUAACACCUUCUGGAAGCAUAUUUCUUUGGGAAUAUUUGGAGUCAAAGAAUAUCUUCUCUUCGAAAAGCCUCUCCCUGGUGGGUCAGUGGUUCCAGAUCAUGCCUGAAGAAGCAGUUCUUUUGCCUUCCACUGAAGACAAAGAGGCUGCAGUGAAUGCAGUUUUUAUAAGAAAUGAGUUAUUAGGAGACUGCUGCCUGUGUUCGUUUACUUUUUAUUCUGGGGAAUGCCUGAAGUUAACAUUUCUAGCGAUUUGGUGGCAUGAAAACGUAUUUACACCUAUAAGUUCAUUGCCAUUCCAUAUUCAUUGGGCACAACAAAACUGCCAUCUGUGUAAUCUAAAUCCUAAAUGUGAAUCAGUAAAGUCAAGAGGAGCUCUGAUUUCUGCCUUUUCAAGAGAUGGCCUUACCCUUGCAGUAACUCUAAAUCAGAAAGACCCAAAGGCAACUCAGGUAUUAUUUAUAAAUACAGUGAAUCUUGUCAGUCUCUGUGGAAGUCUUAAAGGUUGUAGCAAUAAGAACCCUGUAGUUCCAGCUACACUUCUCAGGUCCUAUUGGGUAGGCGACAUCAGCUGGACACACAAUAGUCUUUUUCUGGCUUGUGUGCUAAAACGUGGUUCCCUGGUUUUAUUGACUUGCCUAGGUGAAUUGCUAACAUUAAUUACAUUUGGUUGCUCUAUAGAACUUGGACCAGCAGAAUUUAUUCCUCUUCACCCAUUAAUUACAUAUAGACCACAGCAGUUUACAUUUCAAGAUUCAAAUAAUCCUGUAGACUCAUCAGCUUCUGAUAGUGACCCUCUGAGACAGAGAUUUUCUGUAAAAGCACACUCACGUUUACCCUACCUUAUUGUUUCUGAUGGAUAUAUGAUUACAACCCUUCGCUUUCUUGAUAACCUAUCUCCAUCAUUGCUCAUGAGAUCACUGUUACUUGAUUCAACCCAGAGGCUUGAGAAAAUGUAUGAGAGUGUGACAUCUAAGCCAAAAAGCAAAGGGCUGAAUUUACGAUCACUGGAUUCCCUAAGGUCUAGCCUGCUAAAAUACCAAGGAAUUGAAAACUCAAUUGAUUCUACUAUUCCGAGAUUUUUGCAGGCUGAAGAAACAAUGAAGUUACAUGAAAAAACAGCAGACUCUCAGGAUUUCGAGGCAGAAGAAACUAAUGAAGACAAAAAAUUUGCAAGCAACUCAUUUCCUUUUUAUAAUCAAAAAAAUAACUCACUCUUUAGCAGUGCCAGUGAAGGGAGAUUGGAAUUCGCGUCUAUGUUUGAUACAAUACAUGCAAAGGAUGAUACCAAGUUUACUGACCAAGCCAUAACAGAACUGAAUUCUAUCCAGAAAAAUCUACUUUCAGCAUGGACUAUAGGAAUUUCAAAACAUGUGACUGAAAAAAAAAUAAUGUUAAAUUGCACAGUAGCUUGUAUCACUCAUUUUUUCCACAUUCUUCAGUUUAUAAACUGUCCUUUCCCCAAACUUGAUUCUUUUUUAAGCAAGAGUCUUAAACAUAAUGCAUGGAUACUUUGUAUCUUUCAACUUUUUCAUCAGUGCUUAUCGAUCCAGUAUUGGGAUAUGAGAUACAAACAAGAUAUAGGACAUUUGAUAAAGCUGACCUCAAAUACUGUCAAACUUUUUUUGACUCAGCAAGAGAAGAAUCAGUUAUUCUCAGAGAAACUUUUAGCCUGUUUUUAUUUACUCCGAAUGGUGACUGAAAAAUUAAAUUGCAUAUAUAAUCUUCAACCUGUUGCUAUUUCCACACCAGGUGAUGGAAGGACAGUGGAUCAAGAGUCACUGGUGGUACCUAUUUUGCAAGAGAGUAGCUCUCAGGAAAACAGGUCUUGGGACUCAUCUUUCAAGAUUCAUCCUCAAACAACCAAUCUUGUUCACAAGCCAGGUCAUAGAUUGGUUGCUGUCUGGAGAAUACUAUACAAAAAUACUUUAUGGUAUCAAGCACAAUUAAGUCAACGAAUUCCUGCAUGUGACAGACAGUUAACUGAAAAGAUGACACAUGAAGCAUCUACUGUCAAAUCCCUGUUAUGUCAUAUACAAGCUAACUUACAAACUGCUGGAGGUGGUUUAAACCAAGCCCCAGAACUUAUGUCUAUCAAUGGUGAAGAGUGUUUCCUGUUAGGAGCAUAUGAAAAGUCCGUUCAACUAUGGAAAAAGGCUCUACAAGAAACCCAAGAAAAAGGAGGAAGAAGGACAUGUUUUCUUCAGAUACGCUAUUAUCUUUCUCUCUUAUACUGCCACCUUUAUAGCUAUAAUUUAAAUGAUGCUCAAGGAUUAUGUGAUCAGCUAGUAAGAGAAAUACUGAGACAGUCCCAAUUGCCUGUGAAAGAAGAUGAAGAUUGUUCAGAUCCUGAGAAGUCUCAUGAGUUUGCCUUGAUUGGAAAUGUCAACCCUGAGGCUGCAGUACGAGUUGUCCAGUCUAUGGCUCGCUUCAUGGCCGCCUAUUUCACCAAUCAGCUGCUCUGCAUUUUGCCACCUCACAGUGUGAAUGUUCUUCCUCCACUUCACACCAAAACAGAGCAGGCCCUUCGACUCAUUCCUCUGCAGCACGCUAAGGUGGCCAAUGUUGUUAGAGAUCAGAGUCUCUCAAAUGUGUGGACAGUUGAAUAUGCCCUUGAAUUAUUAUUGAUUGGUGGCCUGAUUCCAGAGGCUGUGUGGCUGGCACACAAACUUGGAGACUGGAAGACAUCUGUUUCAAUUGGAGUGGCCUUCCAACUGUUCUGUAAUGAUGAUAAAAAUUCUAUGAGGUCUAAGAAAAAGGAUGUGAACCUACCAUUAAAAAUGACCCCAGCACAGAUUUUCCAGGAAAAAUUGCAGUGUUUUUUAGGUCAGCCAGCCUCUUUGGAAGCAAAAAAUGAAAUUAGGUCAAAUUAUAAACAGUUUACAGAUCCCAUUGAAGAGGAAGAUGCUAAUCUGCUUUUUGGGUCAGUUCAAGAAGUUCUGAAGGCAUCAGUCAUGGCUGAUGCAGACAUUCUUUCAGAGACACUUCAGCUUCUGAUGGACUCUGCCAAGCAGUUCAGUAAGAGACUGUGGGGCUUAGUGCCUGUCACCUUGUAUCUUCCAGCUCCUCCACUCUAUUGUCCCCAGCCAGCUGUUCUUAGUGAGGAACAUGGUGAUGAUCUCCUUUUGAAAGCUGAAAAAGAUAAUCGGCAAAAGGUGUCUGGAAUCCUGCAGCGUAUUCUCUUGCUAUUCCGAGCAGCUCGGUGUUCAUUUCCCGUAGCACAGUGGUACAUCUUGCAGCUGAGAUGGGCAAGAAAAGUCAUGCAGAAGAUUCGAGUGAAAGGGUCCCUUCCUUCAAUGAGCUCUUUCCCGGAGUCCUUACUUAACUACUGUAAAGGAGGCGUAGCAUUCUAUACACCUGGAGCAUCUGGAGACCACAAGCUUGAUGAGGUUUCCAUUAGAACAAUAGGUUGCUUCAGAGAACUUUGUGCUUUGUGCUGGAUGCUGCAUAUCCGUGAUAAGUUAUCCCACAGUUGCAGGCAGUAUCAGAAAGCAAGGGAAAAGGUGAAAGGAGAGAAGGACAUCGAAAUGGAGUUUGAUUCUUGUAUGGUCGAGCAUUGUCUCAAUGCUGUGGAAUGGGCUUAUAGAAUGCUACCUUUUUCUCGUUUUUUUAAUGUUGAAGAACUUGUUCAAGAUAUAAUAUUGAGCCUUAUUGGAGAACUGCCACCAAUCAGGCAGGUAGCAGAGAUUUUCGUCAAAGCAUUUCCCAAUCCUGAAGACAUCAGAGUUCCUUUAAGAGAAAAAUAUCACUCUCUUCAACAGAGACUCAGACACUGUGUAGUGAAAGGCCCGCAAAGUGAGGAAUUGAUGUCUGUUGUCAUGCACUCUGUUCGCAAAGUGAGGGUGAAAGCCCUCAAACGUGUGCAGAGAAACAUAGGCUCUUUUGAGAUGAACAUAUGGGAAGCCAUUGAAGAAGGAAAGCCAGAUGAGGCUCCAACUUUUGACAAGUUUUCUCUUGGGACCAGCUUGAGCAGAAGCACCCUCACAGACCUGGGCAGUGCUCUGCUGGGACACAGUGAUGCAGAGACAGCAGAUAACGUCUCAGAAGCUUUGUUAAGUGAAGAGAAAACCAGUACACAUUUCCAUCAAAGAAAUGACUCAAACUGCGUGCAAUUAACUUUGGUCAGUAAGUUCAGUGGUAAAAAGAAAACAGGUUUUCAGAGAGAAAACUCUAAAAAGAAAGAAGAUCAUGGAAUGUUAUCACGGAGUACACUUCCUAUAAUAGGUGUUUGGGAAUUUGAGCGAGAUGAUGAUGAAUAUAUUAAAUUCCUCGAUUUGUUCUUGAGCUAUGUUCUUGAAAGAGACCUACUCAGUUCCAAAGAUCCAGGAAUUCCAUUUCUAACCAGUUUUUCUGGUCAGCUUAGAGAGCAUGAACUUAAUUCUUUACUUUUUGAUGUGCAUACAACGUUAAAACGACGUCAAGGCAAAACCAGAAGUCAGAAUGUUUUUAGAGCUGGCUCUUGCUUUGUGGUUGCUCCUGACUUAUAUGAGUCUGAAAAAACAUCCGAGAAAAUCAAUGGGCAUGCCUUUAGUGCAGAUAACCAGGCACCUUCAUCAUCAGAACUAUUUCAUCAAGUGAACAGACCUUUUAUAGUGAAGUCUUUGAGUGAAGUUAAUAAAAAGGAAGGAAAGAGUGGACUGUUUGGCUUAACUGAAAAGUCAAUUUACAGACUUCAAGAGGACAAUAGAGAGAAACCUCUAAUUCAGAGAUCAUCUGACCACAGUUUUUGUAUUCCCAAGUUUAUUAAAAGUAGAAGAUACAGUUUCAAAGUAAUUGAGUGUGGUGAUGUUAACCCUCAGGAAGAUCUUCCUCUGGCUAUAAAGAGCACAUUUGGCAGUAUAGGAAAACUGCUAGAGUGGAUGAUCAGGUGGUCUGAAAGAAGACUCCUCUCUGAUUCUGGUGUUGCUCAGACGCACUGUGAGUACAGUCCGGUAAUACGUGUGAAGACCUCGGCAGCAGCCAUCCUUACAUCCUUAUGGCUACUCAAGCAACCCUAUUUUGCUACAUAUAAGGCAAAAAAUAACAUUCUUACGGUCCUGGAAAAUCAUUACACGGAGUCUCAGGUGGCACCCCCCACUGACAGGGAUAGCAAUCCUGAUGCUGGCUCUUCAGGUGUAACUAUAGCUCAAGGUGGAGGAGCUGAAGAAAGAAAUGACCAGAAUGAAUUGUGUAAAGAUACUGUAAAUAGAAUGCCAGCUGAAGCAGAAAAUCCUGAAAGAAAAGAAAUCUAUGAGAUUAUUUCCAUCACACAUAACAUUGAAAAUGAAUUCAUAGAUUUUGAUGAGAAUCCUUCCAAAGUUGAAACAUUUAUACAAAAGGAAAUGGAUGCUCACGUAUCAGACUAUGAAGAAGAACCUAUUAGAAGUCCCAGUAUUGACACCUGCAUGCCAUCUUCACUACAGCAGUUAGAAAAUCCGAAGGAAGAGUCUCAGAGUCCAAGGGAAAAACCAGUGGGAACAAAUAUAGAGACUAAAUCAACCGAACAGAAAAGUAUGAUUGAAGCCUUUUCAAAUCCUGAACAUACUGUUCCUCAUUCAUUUUGUAUAGAUUCAAGUUCAGAAACUUCUAGUGCUCAGGUUUCUGCAUUGAAAGAUAAACCUCCCUCAGUCCCACUUGUGGUAGCAAAUGGAAUCCAUGUUGCUUCACAAACACCUGUUCCAGCACCUAGGAAGACCCAGACACAUGAGCACGGGGCUCAGUUACCAGAUUCUUCAGAUGCGGCUAGACAGAUGCUGCAAGAUGAAAUGUUUAAAUUAGUUCAGCUGCAACAGAUCAACUUUUUGAGCUUAAUGCAAAUAGUUGGCUCAUCCUUUGCUAACCUCCCAGAUGCACAUCAUCAGCUUCUCCAGCAGGCUCAGUCCAUGCAUUUGGGGAGAAGUCAAGUAUCAGUCCCCACAAGGGAGAGUUGUGGUGUUCAAGUCAACAGCGGUCAGAAUGUUAUGGAGAGAUUUUUUGUUAAACCACAGUCUAUGGAAGAGUGCAAUAGGGAGCCUGGCAAGAACAGUCCCCAGAGUCGUGAAGCAGCCAUCCAAUCUAAUCGUGAGAAUAAGAGGAAUUUACAGAAUGAUCAACCUGAGAAUAUUCCUCCUUGUCAAUCCAAUAGCAAAACCCAAAAGAGAGAACAAAUGCUAGCAUCUCAGAUCUUAACACCCACUUCAUUUACUCCAGCUCCUUCUGGAAGUGUUCACCACCACCUUUUAUCUGCACCCUCUGCUGUCCAGAAGACCCCUAGACUGAUCCCACCUACCAAAACGUUGAAUCCUGGUUGUGGUUUUCCUUUGCUUCAGUUUCCACCCAAGCAUGAAUUCAAGCCCCUUUCCUUAUCUGCAGGAAGACUUCCACAUGUUCCCAUUAGGCCUCCAGCCCAACCUAGAGAGGCUUGGGGAUUAUCUGAUUCUUUCCAGCCUCCUCUUCCUCAGAAAGUAAUACAUACUGCUUCCAUAUCCCAUCCACAUUCAAGCCAAUACAAGGCUGAAGCUAUAAAAGAUGCAGCUGAACAGAAGAAACAGGCAGAAAUUGUAAUUGCAGACAUCCCUAAGCAUGGAAAAGUGGACCAGUAUAUUGGACCAGAAAACUUGACAUCUCAACAGGACUGUUCAAUGUUUAUGAAGCCAGAAAAACGAUUUGAUGUUAAGCCAGGGUCCCUAGAGAUAUCUCCUCAGAAUUCCUUUGGCCUUCCAUUAUUACACCUGCAGUUUAAGCCUCACAUAUUUUCAUCAGCCUCAAGAGCACCAUUUGCAGUUCCCUCUGUACCUGUCAGAACUGUAGUAGAAGAAAGAAAAUAUCCACAACUGUCAUUACUUCACUCAUGCCUAUCCCCAGAAAAUACGUGCAAACAGCCACAACUUAUUCCACUUGAGAACCUCAUGGCAUUUAAACAAAGCUAUCAAAAACAAGAACCUAAUUUAUUCGAACAAGGUGAUUCUGCCCAUCUUCAGCUUUUGAACGUCCAUUUAGAACCAUCUGAAAUAAGACAAGGAAAUAGCAGUAAGAAAAGGCAAAGACGACAAGCUGAGAAAGAGCUGCAAGAGAAAAGAUCUGAGAAAUCUAAGAAAAAAAGCGUAAGCUUCCGGCCGGAGGAUUCCCUCAUUACUAAUGAAGAGCCUGAAAUUGUCACGAAAGACAAGGAACAACAAGAACACCAUGCUUCUCAGCCUUUGGAAAAUUUCAACAUUCCUUAUGAAAUGCUACAAGAUAAUGUUAAUACUUCAGCUGGAUUGCAUUUCAUGGCCUCUAUCCUAAAGAAAGCUGUGGGAAGUCAGGAUGCAAGUACUAAUACAGAUCCAGAUAAGGAGGCUGCAUCUCAAGAAGUUAUCUCUGAAUGUGUUAAAAAUCAGCAAUCCAGCACUUCCACCACAGAACAUGAACCUUUGGACAUUUCUCAGCUCUUGGUUCCGGAUGUGCAUCCAAGUGUCAAAUUUGCCACUGAAACAUCAACUGAACCUCUGUCCCCCUCCCCACCCCCUACGGCUGGACGUACUUAUAUAAAUGUGAUUGACAUCGAAGCUGAUGACCUACAGGAAUUACUUGUCAGAGAAGAGCCUGAACAUGACGAUGGUGUUACCAAACAGCAAAGUGACCACCUGGAUGUCCCGUCAUCUGCAGAGUUGCAUUGCAUGGCUGCCUCCAUCUCAGGUGCUCUUACCCCCCACAACUUUGAAAGUCAAGAACCUGCCAGUUCUACUGUGGGUUUGUUUCCUAAACCUGUAGAAGUGACUCCAGUCUGUUUAGAUGGGCAAAAUUGGAAAGCCGGCAUCAAUGAAGCACCUGAGCUCCCUUCAGCAACUUCAGCAACAGCAGCAUCAACAGACACACAGCAGGAAAAAGAAAUGUUAGAUCUGCCUCAACCAGAAUUCCAGUUUAAAGAGCAGAGUACAAAGUCAGAUGCUGUAGAAGAUUUGCUGCUGUGGACACUGCUGCAGGACAUUCCUGCAGCCCCGCCCGUGCCAAGCCCCUCAGCUUGCAGGCUAGAGGAUCUCAAUGCUAAGCUUCAGAAAAUCGAUGAGCAGCUCCUGGCCGUCCAAACCAUUGCGGAAAACAUAGAGCAGGAUUUCCCAAGACCUGAAAUGCUCAAUCUACGAUGUCAUGAGGUGGAUAACAUCCAGUUGUCUUCUGGUCCUGAAACUGAAAUACCAAUUACUUCAAAAACCAUUCCCAUUUCUGAAGAAGAGCAUUUCCUGACUUACAUGGCCGAGCAAGAUCAAAGUGUUAAAGAGGAACCUUCAGAAACUGAAUUUUCAGUAACAGAAAAUCACUCCAGUCAAAAAACAUUUGUGUUUCCUUCUGCGGAGUCAGUGGUUAGCCUCUCCAGUGACCGGCACUCUACUUCCGUUGUAGAUAGGUGUCAGACCAGUCAGUGGAUGAUACUGUGGAUAUAUUGGCCGAUGACAAAGAGAACAAGAGCUUUAUUUGGAGAGAAGCUUGUGAGGGAGAGGGAGCGAGCAGUGGAAGGCGGAGUCCAGCCGUCUGCACAGUGUCCAUGGCAUCUGACCCUAUAUGGGGGCGCGGGGGUCUCCGCAGACAGUCACGCUCCAUGUUGGCUACAGCCUUACCACACAGCGAACACUGGAAGCAAAAUGAGUGAAGGGCAAAGGUGCACUGGGCUCGUUCCAGAGGAAAGCAGACACAAGCUUCUGGAAUUCUUUCCCCUUGGAGUCACAUGGGACACCAUUCCUCCAGAAACAGGCUGUGAUGACACAGAGAGUGGGUCAGCUGUAAGGAAGUCCAAAGUAGAACCUUUAGUGAACAUGCAUUCCAGUUUGAAAGAAAAGAUCCAGAGGAUUCAGCAUUCUUCUGGCAGAGGUGCACAACGAACAGAGAAGGAGAGAAGAGAGAUUAGAGUAUGGAUGAAAAGAAAACAAAAAGAAAGAAUGGCAGAAUACUUGAAUCAGCUGGCCCAAAAGAGGGGACAGGAACAUGAUCCUUUCUGCCCCAGAGGCAAUCCAUUUUUCCUGACCUCCAGGGAAAUCAGGCAGAGACAGAAGAUGAAGCACGAUAAGGACAGAUUGCUGCUCUCCGCUCACUACAGCCGUCGAAUCUCGCAGGCAUACAGUCUGAUGAAUGAACUGCUCUCAGAGUCGGCACAGCUGCCGUCGGCGCCCAAAGCCCCGGCCGGCAAGCGCAGCCCCGCCCAGAGCGGCCGGGCUCCGCGCAGGCGCGCCCAGCUCAGCCCGGUCCAGCGCUUCUGGGCUCAGUGCGGCCCCGCCCAGCGCAGCCCCGCGGCGGGCUCCCGACUGCUGCAGUGGUCUUCGCCACCGAGGGAGAAUCCACAGAAGCACAAUUUCCCAUUAAGUCAUCAUGCAAAAGUCAGACAUGUGUCCAAGCCAGGUCUUUCGCAUAGGAGGGAGCCUCUUGGGCAAGUUCAAGACUCCCCUCAGCUGCACGGGACUGCCACCUUCACCAUACAGAAGAAAGCCGGGGCUGCCACGGCAGUGGAAAGGAAAGCUAUACAGGUUCCAGUUGCCUCCCAGAAAGGCGUUAGUAUUCCAUACUGUGGUCUGCACACAAAAAUGCAUGGUGGUGCCGAUCCCACCCCUCAGGUGAAGGAGCCAUGCCUGGAGGAGGAGGUGGUGAGUCCCUGGCCUGCACCUUCAGAAGUCCACAGGACUCUGCAUGAGAGCCACAGUUCACUUCUACGAGACUUGUUGCCAUCUGAAGAGGAAGAGCCUGAGGCUCCUGCUGUGGGCGGCUUGGACAGCACAUCGCGGAGCACCAGCAGUGUCCUCAGCAAACUGGACUGGAAUGCCAUUGAAGACAUGGUGGCUGGAGUGGAGGACGAGGACCUGUCCGUCCACUGGGCCCAGGGCCUGUAAGCUGAGGACAGCGCAGCCACCCGCACAGGCCAGCCUCUCACUGAUGUCUUCAGAAAGACUUGCGGGAUUAAGGCGGUGACACAGUGAAGGGACUGGUGUGAAUCCACCACCGGCAGCCAGAGUGUCACUCGGAUCUCCAUUUCAAGAAAGAGAAAACAUUUCUCAGUAAUUUUGCUGUUGAGGAACGGGUUGUUUAACUAGAGAUGUAUGUUUUCGGAGAUGGCUUACCUUACACCUAAUUUAAAAUUGAUGAGUACCUUUCAAGCCAAGUUUUCAGAAUAUUCAAACAUUUGAUUAAAAACC